AUGGUCUCCCAAGAAUUCACUGACAAAGCUGCUGCCGUUUCCUCUCUAAGUAAGAGACCCUCUGACGACGAGCUCUUGAAGCUGUACGGAUUGUACAAGCAAGCCACCGUUGGCGACAACGAAACCACCAAGCCAGGUGUUUUUGACUUCAAGGGGAAGUACAAGUGGGAAAGCUGGGAAGGUUUGAAGGGAACUUCGCAAGAAGACGCCGAGGCCCAGUACAUUGAGCUUGCUACCGAGUUGAUUGGAAAGUACAACUGA